AUGGAGGACUACCUGUUGGAAAACCGCGAGGACAGCGGACCCCGUAUCUCUAAGGCAAAGAUUGAGAGUCUUCAAACUGAGCCCGCGGGCCCUCAGAUUUCAAUCUUCCACAAAGCCGACAGAGACUCUUCUGUGCAAUUCAUUCAGUCCAUUAGACGCGACACUGCAAUGAUCUUCUGCAAUCGGGUCCGUACAGAACUAUUGGAUAACAACAGCAAAUCAUUCACUGUCAUUGGCUGCGACCUUGAGGCUCUGAAACAAGUUCUUGCAUGGGUUGAGCAAUGUGCCAUCGCCGGCCGAUGUGAGAGAUUCCUUGAUUUGGACCCCAAGACCCCAAAGCUUCUUUCCAAAUAUGCCUGGGUCGUUCACGCUGCUUCAUAUUUGGGUAUCCCAGACCGCGAUUUUGGAGAUCAUAUCAUCGAGCGAAUGCUGAACGUUCACGCGAAGACCACACUCAUGUCCUGGGAGGAGGUUGAUAUCUUCUUGUACUCUUCAAAGUUGGAUAUCUGCAAACAACAAAUCCGAGAAGUUGCAGCUGCUAGCAUCUUUUGGGCCUGGUGGUCUGCAAAACUCACAGACGAAGACACCCCAGAAGAUAUGGACUACUUGUGUGACCUAAGAGAGCGCGAUGCGAAGUUGGACCAAGCCUUGAAAGACUUGUGUGCUUCCAAUGAGCAAGAUAUCCGAAAGAAGUGGGCGGAGAAGGAUGCCAUGAAGGAGCAGAAAGAAGUCGAAUCCUUGCAACAGCAAGAGGGUGCUCAAGCUGGUCAAAAGGCCGGCACCACCAAUGUUUGGGAAGAAUGGACCCCUGUGGCUACCUCGACUGCUACAGAAGGCAAUGGCAAUGCGCAGGUCUCCGGCAGUGAUUGGCAACAAUUCGGUAUUGCAUUGGAGACCUCUGCUGGAAAUGGAUGGAAUGGAAUCAAGCAUGUUGCAGAUGCCACUUGGCCUAGCGCGCCAGUCUCUGACUUUGAUCCUGCGAACAGAAACAACGAUCAAGAUCCAUCCGCGACAUUCCCUGUGACUGGACAAUUCAGCACGGCCACGGCCGGAAAUUUUUCUGAGCAGGUCAACGAACAAACCCUCCGUGGUGCAGAGUGCUGGUGA